AUGGCAUCAUCAUGGCUGUCCCGCGCGGCCUCAAUGGCACAAGCAGCCCAGGAAGCAGCAAAGGAGGCUGCAGAGAAGGCGGCCAAAGAGGCAGCAAAACUACGUGAGGAAGCGCAGGCAGCUGCUUCAGGGCUAGCUCAAGGGGCUGAGCGCCUGCUUCAGCUGCCCGUGGAGACAAAGCCAUCUACAGUUGAUCUGCUGUUUGAGGAUGGGCCUUUGGGCUUCGAGCUGGAAGGUCCUCGGGUGGUGGCAGUGACUGAAGAGGGUCAGGCGCAGCGCCUGGGUCUGUGCCCUGGCGCUCGGCUGAUGGCCGUGAAUGGCGAGAAAAUUCCCGCACCGCCAGCAGAGGAUUCACCUGCUACGGGAGACGCACGCGUGAAGAGGCUCAUCCGGAAGUGGAUCCAAGGCAAGUCCCGACCAAUUUCUUUGACCUUCGAACAUCCUGAUGGAGCUCCACAAGGCCGCACGACGACAGCCGCCGCCACUGCCCCUGGCUCUGAGUCGGACGUGGUCAUCAAGCCGGGCCCUGGGGAAGCAGAAGAUGCUCCGAACGCUGUGGAAGGUUGGGAACCAGACCUUGCGCCAGCAGACCUCCUACAAGAAGCUACAGAUGGCUGGGACGAUGCCCUGGACCUCGACAUACCGCAGGAGACCAGUGCUAUGAGCGCGGACAUGUAUGACGAGGCUGCGGAAGCUGCAGGUCAAGCCAGUUUGCUUGAUGCUGUGGAGGAAGCUGCAGUGGCUUCUGCAGAUGUGGCCAAAGUGGCGCCACCAGAGCCAGAGCAUGAGGAGUCGGCAGUGCUGCUUGACACGAUGGCCAAAGACGAGCCGUCAGCAGAGCAGGCUGCGCCCGAAGAUGCCGCUGACUUGCUUGGUGAGUUAGCUGUGGAUCAGCCGCUGGAGCAGGACAUCGGCAAUGCCGCGGCUGCAGUUCCAGAGGUCGGGCCCGUGUUAGUCUUGAAUAUCAUGGAGUAUCAUGCACCAGGUGCAGAAGUCAUGCGCUGUUGGGGUUCAAGUGCAUCGGCAUGGGUAAGGGUACUGUACCGCGCAAUGCUCCUCUUUCUCGAUGACUUGCUUGAGGAGUCGGCGCUGCUGCUUGACACGAUGGCCAAAGACGAGCCGUCAGCAGAGCAAGCGCCAUUCUUAGCAAAGAUUGUCAAUGUUUUUGCGUGUUGGCGUGCUCUUCUGCUUCAGCACAUCGCGCUUGCACCUUGUAGUCAGGCUGCGCCCGAAGAUGCCGCUGACUUGCUUGGUGAGUUAGCUGUGGAUCAGCCGCUGGAGCAGGAGACGACGGCACGGCAUAGGUACGAGAUUGGCCAGGGAUAA